UGUUCCACUUCAGCUUUCUCCUGAAGGACAUCUGCUCACCUAUCUAGAGGAAAUCUUGUGUCGUGGCAGCGUUUGAAGAUGCCACUUUCACGCUCACUGUCCAUGACAUCCUUAAGCGGCGUACUGCCAGCUUGGGAGGAGGAUGAGCUGCCCGUGGAAGACCUGCUGCUGUUUGAGGUGGCCUGGGAAGUCACCAAUAAAGUCGGUGGAAUCUACACUGUGAUCCAGACAAAGGCUAAGAUCACUGUGGACGAAUGGGGGGAAAACUACUUCAUGCUUGGGCCAUAUUUUGAACACAAUUUUAAGACACAAGUGGAGGCCUGCAAGCCGCCAAUUCCCAGCAUCCAAAAUGCCAUGGACGCCCUGAUCCACAAUGGCUGUCAGGUUUAUUUUGGCCGCUGGCUAAUCGAGGGUAGUCCGUAUGUUAUCCUGUUUGACAUUGGCUCUGCGGCCUGGAACCUGGACCGUUGGAAGGGGGACCUGUGGGAGACCUGCAACAUUGGUCUGCCAUACCAAGACCGAGAAGCCAACGACGCACUCAUCCUCGGCUCCCUGAUUGCCUGGUUCUUUAAAGAGUUAACAGACCAGCUUGGAGACAAUCCAAAUGUCAUCGCUCACUUCCAUGAGUGGCAGGCAGGUCCAGGGCUUAUUCUCUGUCGUUCUCGUAAGAUCCCCAUGGCAACGGUUUUCACUACUCAUGCAACUCUGCUGGGACGGUACCUCUGUGCUGGAAAUGUUGACUUCUACAACAACCUAGACAAGUUCAACAUUGAUAAAGAGGCUGGUGAACGACAGAUCUACCAUCGGUACUGUCUGGAGAGAGCUGCUGUCCACUGUUCUCAUGUCUUUACCACAGUCUCCCAGAUCACUGCUGUGGAGGCCAAUCACAUCCUGCACAGAAAGCCAGAUACGAUGACUCCCAAUGGGCUGAAUGUGAAAAAAUUCUCUGCCAUGCAUGAGUUCCAAAACCUGCACUCCAUCAACAAGGCUCGCAUCCAGGAGUUUGUCAGAGGACACUUCUACGGACAUCUGGACUUCAACUUAGAGAAAACCCUUUUCUUUUUCAUUGCUGGACGCUAUGAGUUCUCCAACAAGGGUGCUGAUAUUUUCCUUGAGUCGCUUUCCAGGCUGAACUACCUGUUGAGGGUCCACAGAAACGACAUAACAGUAGUAGUUUUCUUUAUUAUGCCAGCAAAAACCAACAACUUCAAUGUGGAGUCCCUGAAGGGGCAAGCUGUACGCAAACAACUCUGGGACACCGCCCACACUGUGAAGGAGAAAUUUGGGAAACGGCUGUAUGAUGCUCUAUUAAAAGGUCAGAUCCCUAAUAUGAACUCCAUUCUGGACCGAGAUGACCUUACUAUUAUGAAGAGAGCCAUUUAUGCCACUCAGAGACACAGCCUCCCUCCAGUGACAACCCACAACAUGCUGGAUGACUCAACAGAUCCCAUUCUGAGUAACAUCAGACGAAUUGGCCUCUUCAAUUCCAGGAAUGACCGCAUUAAGGUUAUCUUCCAUCCUGAGUUCUUGUCCUCCACUAGUCCCCUGUUGCCCAUGGACUAUGAGGACUUUGUCCGUGGCUGUAACCUUGGAGUAUUUCCCUCUUACUAUGAGCCAUGGGGUUACACACCAGGUGAAUGCACUGUCAUGGGCAUUCCCAGUGUGACCACCAAUCUUUCUGGUUUUGGUUGCUUCAUGGAGGAGCAUGUAUCCGACCCUGCUGCCUAUGGUAUUUACAUUGUGGACCGGCGGUUCCGUUCUGCUGAGGAGUCCUGUAAUCAGUUGACUCAGUUCAUGUUCAGUUUCUGCCAACAGUCCCGUCGUCAGCGCAUCAUCCAACGAAACAGAGCUGAGAGAUUGUCCGACCUGUUGGACUGGAGAUACCUAGGACGGUUCUACAUACAUGCACGCCACCUUGCACUCAGCAGAGCCUUCCCCGACAAGUUCAAAGUGGACCCAAUGGCCCCUCUGAAGACAGAGGGUUUCCGCUAUCCCCGACCUUACUCAGUGCCGCCCUCUCCCUCAGCUUCCGUUCACUCCACGCCCCAUCACAGUGAUGUGGAGGAUGAUGACGACAAUGAGCCCUACGAUGAAGAUGACGAGGCCGAAAGGGACCGGCUGCACAUAAAGGCUCCUUUUGUCCUGGGUGCUGCACCAGAGGGCAAAAAGAAGCAUCCAGGAGAAUCAGGAAACUGACAUGAUGCCUGACUGGUUCCUAGAAAUAGGGUGAGAUGAGAUUGUUCCAUUUUUUUUAUUAUAUUGCCGAUGACGUAAAUCAGGGGUGUGUUUUCAACAAGGGUCGCAUAAAUCACACUGAUACAUUUUGUACAUGAAAGAUCCAAUCUAAUGUUGGUCAAUAUAUGCGAAACUAUCUGAACAAAAUAUAGAUGACAUAGCUAAUUGGUUUAAUAUCUCCCAGGCUAUGCAGUGGACACACCUGACAUAAACUGAUUCCUUGGAAAUGUAACACUCAGGUAACGUUGUAAUUGACUACAUGAGGAAUACAUAUUACAAUUAGUAAAAAAAAUGUAUCUACAAAUGUUAAAUACAGUGGAACCCAUUUAAGCCAACAUCUGUCGAAUUGGCUGACUCGCAUCGACAUUAACAUUUAAUCAGCAUAAUUGAAACUAGCCAUUGCGUGCACAUUUUUGUUUUCUUUCAUUUGGACUAGCUUUGGUGAAAAAUGUUUGUGCAUGUUUUUUUAGUAGUGUCGUUAACAACAUCAUUAUUGCUUGCAGGUAUUUGCACAACCACAUAUCCACUUGUGCGAAUACCCGCAAGCAGUAAUGAUGAUGUUAACAACACUUCUACACUACUGACAUGUUUUUCAUAGAAAUGGUUCCCUUGCGUCUCAAAUUCAAUGUUGAGGUUGACUAAGCCGAUAGUUUUUAGUAAUAAAAAGAUCACGGAAACCGAGACUUAAUGUGUUGGUCGACUUAAACAGGACUGACUUAAACGGGUUCUACUGUACAUGCUAAUAGGGAUGGGUACCGAAUUCAGUACUUUUACAGGCACCAACCGAAAUAUGUCAGUAGUACUGCAUACCGAUUCACAUAAAAUCCAAUGGUACUACAUUUUAAUACCUCAGUUGCUCAUGACGUCACGUCUGGUUGCAGACUUGGCAAUAUAUGAAGCACUUGGCCGGGAAACAAGCAGUCAAGCACUCAGCUGUACUGUCUCUAGUUAAUGUCACACUUGUUCCCUGUCAACAAAGCAAGAAGAAGGAGUUCAAAAGUACAUUGACAAUCCACUUUUAAAUAUGAUUUUGAUAUAUAUUGGAUUUGCCAAAGACAUGCCACUGAUUAGCAUUAGCUAUUUUUCAUGGCUAUUACAAAAUGCCACAAAUUCAGUCAGCCAUUUUGAAUAUUCCACUCGUAAAUAAAUAAAUACAAAAAAAGUCUGCUAACAAUGGAGUCAAAGCAGACUCUCUAUUGCACCCACACAACCCUCUAAAUAACUAUCCAAAACCCGCUAACAAUUCUUUAUAUACAAAUCAUGACCUGAAUAUUAACCAAAUAUUAGCAAUGUUGUUAUUUUAAGCGCUAACGCAGACAAACUAUUUUUUAGCGGCGGAUUGAUAACACACAGCUAAGUCACCCUCUGCUGCUUUAUUGUGAGCUGGCCUUGAUGUCUUGCUGCUCCCGCAUUAUCGCGUCUCGUCUCGUCAAAGUUAUUUUAGAUUAUAAAUCAUGCCUCUCAUCUGGAUAUUAGGAGGAUUUAGCCAUGAAUCUAGAAGUUGUUAAUCUGUGACAUUCAAUUCAUACCCGGAGAUGGAGACAAACACACAACCAAAGACAGGGAGACGUUUCCUUGUUAACCCUUCGUGUGCAUCAUGAUUAAUUCUUCUUUGAAACUGGAAGAUAUGGACAUCCUAUCAGUCGUCAUCGAAGUAAGAGCAGACAUUGUACAGUAAGCUAUUGUUUUAUUAUGUUUGUAUUUUGCAUUUCUUGUUUAGCACUUAGCAAUACUGCUACAUGAUGCUUAGUGCAGUGGUUCUUAACCUUGUUGGAGAUACCGAACCCCACCAGUUUCAUAUGCGCAUUCACCGAACCCUUCUUUAGUGAAAAAUAAAAUGAUGUUUUUUUUCAAGUUCAAGACAAAGUUAUGUUUUUUUACUGGUGUUAUGUUCGAAUAACAGACACAACAGCCUCGCUCAACUUCACAACAGCACUCUCCUUUAUUUCAGUCACUUCCUCAAAAGGCCCAGCCCAACUACGGUGGCUUCAAGGUAUCAAAAGGCACAACGUAAAUAGCCUGAGUAAGACAGUAGAACACAUUACCAAUAGGCAUUCAAGUAUAAGAACAGUAUUUAAGAUUAACUUGAAUGAACACAACAUUUCCCCUCCUCUCUUAAAACUUCAAGUAUGGAAGGUGGCCACAAAGUCCUGAAAACGCUCAGGGCGUGCACGGGCCCUAACAGGCCGAGGCUCAGGAGCAAGGGGGACCGGCAGUGGGGCCGGUGCUGGAGCAGGGCACUGCGCGACCGGCACAGCCUGGGCGAGGGGUGCUGCCACUGGAUCGGGCACCGGAGGGCGUGGCCCCAAUGCGGGAAUGUUCGGUGCCACCCCUGUGACGUGAGGCUGGUGAGGAGGGGCAGGUACCUUGCGCAGGCAGCUAGCGUGCCAACGGGAUCCAUCGGUUAACUGAAAUGAAGCUGGGCCCAGCUGGCGGCUGACCUGGUAUGGAGCAGACCAGAAUGUUGACAGUUUGUUGGCGCGGUGGGGCCGGCGCGCUCUGACCCAGUCCGACACUCUGACAGCUGGCCAUUUAGCCCUGUGCUUCUGAUCGAACCUUUGCUUCAUGGAAGUUUGUUGUCCCUUGACGCGAGACUUGACUGCUGCUGAGCAUGGUCGCGGGCUCGCGGCCAUCGGUGGGCGGAGUCUCGACAGGGGAAGCACAAACUCUCGACCCACCAUGAGGCUGGCAGGAGAGACCCCUGUUGUAGAGUGGACAGUCGCCCUGUAGUGGAGGAGGGUCUGAUUCAGUGCAGCCUCCAGCGAGUAUCCCUCGGACAUGUGAGCACGCAGUCCAUUCUUCAGUGAUUGGUUGUACCUUUCCACCCCCCCGUUUGCCUGGGGGUGGUAGACGGAGGUUCUGAUGUGAGUAACACCCUUGCUGGCAAGGUAGGCGGUGAACUCCGAGGACAGGAACUGAGGACCGUUGUCCGUGGUGAUGGCUCGGGGUAAACCCCAACGGGAAAACAGGCGGUCCAGGAAGGCGACGACGGCAGCAGAGGUGACCGUUCCCAUGGGAGCCACCUCAGGCCACUUGGAAUGCAGGUCGUAGACCACCACAAGAAACCUCUGGUGGUGUGGCACAUUAUGCAGCUCACCACAGAUAUCAAGCUGGAGAUGGUCCCACGGUUUAGUUGGCCAGUCCAGGGGCUGGAGUGGAGGCGAAGCGGGUGGCCCAGUCUUCCCACUGGUGAGGCACGCUGCACAGGAGCGGAUGAGUCCCUCCAGGUCUCGAUCGAUGGCGGGCCACCACACUGUGUCACGGCACCUUUGCUUGGCUUUGACUAUGCCAAGGUGACCCUGGUGUGCCAUCUGUAAGACACACCCUCUGAGGGCUACUGGGAUAACAGCGCAGUGUCCCCGGGCGAUGCAGGCCUCACCCCAGCAUGACAGUUCGUUCUUCACACGGGAAUACGGCUCUAGCUCAGGUGGGACACGGGAAGGCCAACCGUGUCUGAUGUAGUCACGCAGCAUGGUGAAGACAGGCUCGGCUGCUGAGGCCGUCUCCAAAUCACGAAGGGAGACAGUGUCCUUCAAUGGUGAGUGGACCAGGUGGACCACGUCUUCUUCGUCCUCCGGAGAGACAGCGGGGCCCUGGGUGGUGGCAGGACGGGACAGGUAGUCUGCCACCACGUUAUUCCUGCCAGGGGUGAAUUGUAGCUGAAAGUCAUACUGCUGCAGACGGUCUGACCAUCUGUGAAGACGGAGGGGCCUGUGCCCCACACCAGAGGUAGACAUCAGGGUCGUCAGGGCCUGGUGGUCCGUCCGUAAAGUAAAGGACCUUCCGUAUAAGUAGAGAUGCCAACGCUCACAUGCCCAUAUACAGGCGAGUGCCUCCCGUUCGCCCACUGAAUAUUUCUGCUCAGUGGGGCUGAGCGCCCGAGAGGCAAACGCUACCGGUCUC